AUGAAAGACUCUCAAAAUAAUAAUUAAAUGAAAGAAAACAAAUCUAUUUCAGUAUCAAAUGAUACCAAAGAUAUUUAACAUUAGAAUGAAGAUAUUCCUUUGAACCAAAUGAAUUCAGAAGAAUUAAAAUAAAAUAUAAUACAAGUCACCAUUUCUUCUGUUUCAAUUUCGUUUGGUAUUUUACUGACAAAUCUUCUCCUUUCUAUCAAUCUCGUUUACGCAGGUAAGCUAAAUGAUACAAACAUCCUUUCUGGUAUAGGAUUAGCAAAUGUCAUGAUGAACUGCUCUGGUGCUUACAUGCUUUAGGGCUUAAAUUAAGGAUUCAGCUCUUUGGGAGCUAGAGCCUAUGGAGCUGGGUCAAAAUAAUUACUCUAUGAUUACUUAUUCAAAGCAUUCUUUACAAUUAUCAAAGUUACAUUCUUUUUUGGUACAUUUUUAAUUUUCUAAGAAGAAAUUCUGCUAUUAUUGAACUAAGACCCUGAAGUUGCCUACUUUGCUUAUUUAUACGGAAUUUAAAUCUUGAUUGGAAUGUUUUUUGCCUUCUUUUUUGACUGCUUUCGUAAUUAUUUAAAUGCAAUUGGUAUCUUUAACUAACCUAUGUACAUUUAGUUCCUUUCAGUAGGCUUCUAGUUAACCUUCUGUUUUCUUUUUGUAGACUGCUUUAAUUUAGGGUUGACUGGAAUUUGCAUGGCUACAAACUUCACUUAUUUUUGCUCACUUAUUUGUAUAAUUUACAUGAUGAAAAGAAUGAAUGUUUUACCAGACUUUACUUAGUUUGAUAAGAAAUCUCUACUUAAAGGCUAUAGCAGUUACUGCAAAUAUGUUUACCCAAUAGCCUUACCUAUGGUUGUUGAUAUUUUCUGUUUUGAAAUUAACUCAAUUCUCAUAGGAGCAAUGCAAAAUAAGGCCUAUUUUAGUGCCCAUGUUAUUUUAUGCAAUAUUGUUUCUAUUUUUUACUCUUUCCCUCUUGGUUUAGGAGCUGCUUUAUGUACUUUAAUAUCAAAUGCAGUAGGAAUGAAUAACAAACAAAGAGUAAAAAACCUCUAUAAAAUGUCAUACUUUUUUGGUGUAUUAAUCGGUAUCUUUUUCUUGUUAGUUUUUUCCUUAUACGAUGUGAGUUUAGCUAAUCUUUACACAAAUGAGGUCUAUACAGUUCUUAAUUUCUAAGAUAUAGUAUCCAUUUAUAGAUUAUUUGUUAUUUUAGACAACCUUUAAUGUUCCAUGUAGGGUAUUCUCAAAGGAGUUGGAUUAGGAGAUAAGUGUUUGAAGAUGUUCCUAGUCUGUUAUUAUGUUAUUGGAACACCAAUAAGUUGUUUAUUAGCUUUUACUUUUGAUCUUGAGCUUGCUGGUUUCUGGAUAGGAUUUUGUAUAGCUAUAACUUCUAUUUUCUACUCAUAAGUCCAUGUUCUUCAUAAUUUAAAUUGGGACUAGCAAAUAGAAUAAGAAUACAUGCAUGUAAAAAAGCAAAAAGAUAUGAUAGAGCUCGUAGAAAUUCAUUAAAUUAGUGAUAUAGACCAAUAAAACGAUUCAGAUAUGGAAAAUGAUUUAUAACAAAAUAUGAUCUCAAAAAAUAAAGUUUAAAAUUAUUGA